AUGCUGCAAUACAAUAUAGCCAACAAUAUGCAUACGGAACAGAUGGAUACAAACCAUCCGAUAAUACCAAUACCCAAUAAUAAUUAUAACCCAAAUAUGAGCAUGUUCAACCAGACAAAUCUACCUAACACAAAUAAUGGCAAUAUUAGUGCUUCUCCCUUGAUAAGCAAUAGUACAAUUAUGCAUAGUCCUGGUAGCAGCAAUAGCAGCAUCAUGAGCUCACAAGGUAGCAGCUUCAGCGAAAAUUCCAUACUAAGUUAUGAAUUCAAUCCAUUAAGGUAUAGAAAUGACAUGAAUAAAUCAUUUGAAGAUGAUCUGAUCUUUUGUCCAAGAUCCUUAUUGUCAGUGUCUGAACUGAAAAGAUGCGAAGAACUAGAUAGAUUUAUGUUCAAUAAGGCAUUAGAAUUCAAUAAAAAUAAUAAUAUUGCAUCGAUAAACCUGCAUCCAUCUAAUAGCAAUAAUCAUAAUAAUAACAAUACAAGCCCGCUAUCAUCUGGAAUAAAGUUCAACCCAUACACUUCUGCAAGCUUUAAUCCAACAAACCAAUAA